CUGAAGUCUUCUUAAGUUGAAGAAGUUGGGGGAAGUGUCGCACAUCAUCCUUCACCCGACUACUGACUACAUGGGAACUUUUCUCCACAGGUUUCCCUGGGAAGUGAAGAGUUUUUAACUUUCUCUGAGCGCCCUGUCGGCUUCCUUUCACUUUAAUCCUCGUGUAAAUCUGUGUUUGUGCGCGUCCCUGUGUGUCAGUUGUAGUUGAGGGCGAUGUCAGGCGAGCUGAGGCCCCGACUGUGUGUGUUAGAGAAGGGCAGCGACGGCUAUGGCUUCCACCUGCACGGCGAGAAGAACAAAGCGGGUCAGUUCAUCCGCCUGGUGGAGCCCGGCUCCCCGGCCGAGCUGUCUGGUCUGAGGGCCGGGGACAGACUGACGUUCGUUAACGGUGAGAGUGUGGAGGGAGAGAGCCACCAGCAGGUCGUGUCCCGGAUACGAGCUGUAGCGGGCCCGCUGGAGCUUAUCGUCGUGGACCACGAGACGGCUGAGUAUCUCAGAAAACACAACCUGCCAUGCAGGAAGGAGUUCGUCAGUGACGGAGUGCCGACACCGGGAGAGCAGCCGGACACCGCCGCCCGGGAGAGGAACGGCACCUCCACCGCCUCGGAGUCCAGCCCUGUCCCUGUCCCUGAUCCUGAUCCUGUCCCUGUCCCUGCCUCUGUCCCUGCCUCUGUCCCUGUUGCUGCCGCUAACGGAGACAUGGACCUCGACACACUCAGCCUCAGCUCCAAGGAAUCGAAGAAUGAGCUUCGCCCUCGUCUCUGCCUCAUGAAGAAGGGAGCCACAGGUUACGGCUUCAACCUGCACAGUGAGAAGUCCAAAUCAGGCCAGUAUAUCAGGGCGGUGGACGAGGACUCCCCAGCUGAGAAAUCUGGACUUCGACCCCAAGAUAAAGUAGUGCAGGUGAAUGGCUUGCCUGUUCAAGGCUUGCAGCACUCGGAGGUGGUGGCUGCCAUCAAGGCAGGAGGAGAUGAGCUGCGGCUGCUGGUGGUGGAUCCAGACACGGAAGCUUUCUUCAGCAGCUGCCAGGUUCUUCCCACUGAGGAGCACCUCACAGGCCCUCUUCCUGAACCUGCUGCCAGCAGCGACACUGAUGAAAAGGUGAAGGAGGAAGAAGUAAAGGAAGCCAAGCCGGCGUCAGCGAGUCCUACUCCAUCCAACGCUUCCUCUACUGCAUCUAUCCCUGCCGAGAUGGCCAGCAGUCCCCCAUCACAGGAGAAGGCAGUAGAGAAGAGCGCGAGUGAAAAUGCAGUCUCAUCGCUGGAUCUGAACAUUUCCCUGCAGCAGGCUAAAGAGCGCGCGCACCAGAAACGCUCCAACAAGAGAGCGCCACCUAUGGACUGGAGCAAGAGGAGUGAAGUGUUCAGCAAUCUCUAAGCAGCAGUUUUCUCCACCACUAUCACACUUCUUUAUACUUCCUUCACAUUUCUGUCUCGCUCAUGAGGCCAGCUCUGAGUUAUAUAGACAGCUAUAAAGCAGAAGGGAUGCAGGAAAAAGACAACUUUUCCUGGAUUAAUAAGGCAUGAAAUCACAUUUUAGAAAUAAUUGCUGGAUGUUUUUUUUUUUUUUUUUUUUUUUAGUUCCACGAUUUGUUAGUCUCAUCCAUUCAAACACAUACACACCCCUCAGAUGAACAUUUAAAGCCAGUGUUAUUUUGUCACUUGUGUUUUUACUGAUCUUUAUAGACAUUUUAUUGAAAUAUGCUAGAAAUCAGAUUUGUGAUUUGGUAUUACUUUAUUAUGUACAGUGUAGAUUUAAUUAAUGCACAGUUCUUUUCCUGUUCACAUUGUUCAUAAAGGUGUGUAUUAGCAUCACUGACUGUUCAUUAUACUGUACAUGCACCUGCCCUGCUGAAAUAACCGUUAAUGUUCAGAGCAAUUUUAAUCCCUUAAUAUUACUGUAAAGAAUGACAGUUUAUAAUGCUGUGUGGUGUGAAAGCUUCGUCUCUGUGAUCUAUUCAGAAAGUCCUUUUUUUUUUUUUUUUUUUUUUUUUAGAGCUGUAAAUCAUAAAUGAUUAUGAAUAAAUCCCUAAAAUGGAGCUGUACAUUCUGACUAACAUGGAACAUUAGCUAUCUGACUGAAGGAAGAAAAGCACUGUUUUUUAAAUCGUUUGUGUAAAUGAGUCUUAAUGAUAUAAUAAUCGCAUUCAUGCAAAGUAAUAUGGCACAUCGUACUUCUGAUGAAACAGCUUUGAUUUUUUUUUUCUUAAGCACAAUGUCAUCGCCUCAUUGUUUAAUUUUUUAUGUUUGCAAUUUAUGUUUGGUUCAGAAUUUUUAGUGUGUUGAAAUGAAAUGAAGAGAAAUGAAAGGAUUUUUAUGAACAUUCCUAAGAAGAAAACCACUGUCUUUAGCAACUUUAGGUGCAAGCUCAGUCUAGACUUAGCUGGAUAAAUAAAUAAAAAAAGAAAAUGUA